AUGCCACCACUACAGGAGCAGGGAAGCAAGUUGAAGCGUGGUCUUGACACCGUCGGCGAAUCAGAUAGCAAGAAACCUCGACGGUCGAACCGGAUAUCGUCGCAAGGCACGGCGCCAGACACGCCGCUGAAGAAGGGACUUGAAGCUGUUCAUUUACCUUCACCAUUGACACACAAAGAUUCAACCGCCACAGAGGACUACCAGGAUGGCACUGUUACACCCAUAAGCGACAAGAGUCAGUUUGGCUUUGGGAAAAAGACCGGAAGCUCACCGCGUAACGCGCGUAAUGGUGCCGGUCUGUCAUCGCCACCGCAAGACACCCAGCCGUUCUCGCAAUUCAUACUCCCACCACAUGCACAUACUUUCGAGGUCGAAGAUGAGGAAGCAGAAGGUGUUUGGGGCUACCUCAUACCAGUCGAUAGCAAGAAUAGAAGUGUUUUGGUCAUGAAGGCGAGGAGUGCCUGUCCCGUCUCUAAGGACAGGUUUUCGUCGAAAAAAACCGGCAAGGAGCAUGUCAAUAAGAAAACGUACGAGGAUGAAGAGAAUGCAUAUGAAGCACAAAAGGCGAAAAGUGGGGUUGUUGCAGGAGGAUAUCUGGUCGGAAGACACCCCGAGUGUGACCUACGGAUUGAGGCCAACACUGUCUCCAAUCGGCAUUGUCUCUUGUUUCCAGAGAAGAAAUCCGGUGUUCCUAUCGCUCUCGUUGAAGACCUAUCCGGAAACGGCACAUAUGUUAAUGAUGCGAUUGUUGGACGCAACAAGCGCCGAGAGCUCCAAGAUCGGGAUGAGAUAUCUAUUAUCGAUGAGGCUCGAUUCAUAUUCAGAUACCCUCAUCGCCAGACAUCAAGUGGUUUUCGUCAGCAGUAUAUGAUACAUGAGCAGUUAGGCAAGGGCCACUUUGCUUCGGUCCAUUUAUGUGUAGAGCGCAGCUCCGGCUCUCGCUUCGCCGUCAAAAUUUUCGAGAAACGGGGUGGAAACGAUCGUUCUCGGACAGAAGGUCUGCAACAAGAAAUUGCCGUUCUCAUGAGUGUAAGCCACCCGUCGCUGCUCUGUCUUAAGGAUACCUUCGACGAGGAAGAUGGUGUAUAUGUGGUCCUUGAACUAGCCCCCGAGGGCGAACUUUUCAAUUGGAUUGUAAUGAAGCAAAAGCUCAGCGAGUCUGAAGCCCGCAAAGUCUUUAUUCAGCUGUUUCAGGCAGUCAAGUUUCUGCAUGAGCGUAACAUUGUUCACCGCGACAUCAAGCCUGAGAACAUUUUACUGACAGACAAGGACUUGAGUAUCAAACUGGCCGACUUUGGUCUAGCAAAAAUUAUUGGCGAGGAGUCUUUCACCACAACCUUAUGUGGAACUCCUAGCUACGUUGCGCCCGAGAUUCUUGAACCGGGGAACCACCGACGGUAUACUCGUGCCGUUGAUGUCUGGUCGCUCGGAGUCGUCUUAUAUAUAUGUCUUUGCGGCUUCCCGCCCUUCUCAGACGAGUUAUGGAGCGACGAGAACCCAUACACUCUAUCGCAACAGAUCAAGAUGGGUCGAUUCGAUUACCCAUCGCCGUACUGGGAUCCUGUUGGAGAUGCUGCUCUUGAUUUGAUUGACAAGAUGCUGACCGUCAACGUUGACGAACGAGCUACCAUAGACGAAUGCCUCGAGCAUCCAUGGACCACGCUAGCGGAGAUAAAUCCUAAGGAUAGCACUGACGGUCUCACCGGUGCCAUUGCAAGCCUUGACUUCUCGAAAAGGAAACCUCAUCGGGAGCGGACACUCUUAGCAACCAUGAACGAAGUCCGUGUUAGUCGCGUCAUCGAUAUUGCACCACAGUCACAAGUCAAGGUCUACGAGAAGAAUGGGUCCCAAUCAAGGAAGCACAACGCUACGAAAUCGAAGACUGGUACGAAUGGCGCAGCAAACCGCGAAGGUACACCAGGAGCGGACAGAAACACGGAAGAAUUCGCUAAACUGGGUGGUAAGGGCGAUCAGGCUUUGUUUCCCGAUGAUGCUGGUUCUAUAUAUGAGCCAGAUACUGUAGUGAAAGCUAAUCUGAAGAAAGGUCGGAGAUAA